AUGGUAAAGUUAUGGAGGAAGCUGUUAGACCACAAAACAUGUGAUGAAUGGACGGGAGAAAAACCAGAGGAAGGUACCGAUGAAACUUUCAACGAAGAAGAGAUUGCUGAACUGGUAAAGAACCUACCGGGAUUUAAAAUAAUGAAGGAAGUCGAUGUUAAUAAGUGGUUAAGUGCAGACGAACAGAACGAAUUAACAGACGGUGAUAUACUGAACAUGGUGUUUCAGAAUGAUGAUAUAAACUCAGACAGCAAAGGGGAUGAAAGCACUGACAAAAAUCCGGUCGUAAUAAGCCACUACGAAGCAUUUAUGUCGUUAGAGGCUCUGCUGUGCUACAUUGAAAGUAGAGAAGAUACUUGUGCAAGUCACGUGAUGCUCUUAAAACGGAUGAGGGACAUGGCUUUAAAAAAAACGUAUACAACGUGA